UGAAUGUCGCACACACAGUCCUGGCAGUCAGAGGCUGACAACUUCGACUAUCCGCUCCAUCCGCGAUCCACUCGUCUACGCGAUUAAACAGAUCUACCCAUGACACCAGUCACAUUGAGUGGCCUAGCAGCCUGGCUGCCCUUCCUCGCUACCUUGCAACAGCAGCAGAAGCCGUACCGAGCCCCAGCCCGACAGGCGCAGUUGAAUCGAAGAGUGAAGCGAGAUGGCGCGGCAGCUGCAGUGGAUGUCACAAAUCUAGGCAGUAGCAUACCGAGUGUCGCGCGCCAGAUGGGCUUGGACGUCAGCGAUGAGGAGGUGCGGGAGAUCGGUGGCUUUCUGCAGCCGCUGCUCAACAGCAUCGGCCUCGGUGGGCUUGCCGCCGAGCACGAGGGCGGCCAAGCUCGUGCAUCGGACCCCCGCAGACGGGCACGGGCGGGGGCGACGGGAGCAGAGCAAAGACGAGACGCUGGUCAACGGCUGCGCACUGGGGCAGCAAGCAGAGAAAAUGCCGCUGGUGAGGGCCUCUGGAGCAAUUUCGCAGGAUUCGACCUCGGCCUUCCGGAUGACGAUGAUGACUAUUUCAUCCCAGUUAAAGGAGAUGUAGACGAUGACGACGGUGACGACGGGUAUGGUGGCGAUGAUGUGGCGUCCUGGCGCACGCGAUCGCGGAAGACCGCUACGGAUCGAGCGCGUCGGCGCCGAGAAGAUGAAGCGCGACGGGCUCGCCGGCGACGAGAAGCUACUCAGACUCGAAGCCGUGCUGGCCUGGGCCGCCGAGGAGGUGCAGCUGAUGUGGAGCACACAAGGCAGGAGCUUGCCGGCGCUCUGCGGGAACUCGUGCGGGAUUUGUUUGGAUAGGACGCUUCUUAACCCUCACGGGUGAUUGCUUGGCUCGCAUUGCACAUACUCAUCAAUGUAUCAUCUAAAC